UGUAGCAAGCAACACUGAAUCUUAAACGUCAACAAUUUUUCGUCGCGUUAUGCGUAGGUAUUUAUUGUCGCAGUGCAGAAUCAAAACAAAAUUAUAUAAGCAAUAGAACUCGAUGAUAUCUCUAUUGUUUUUGCCGUAAUCGUCAUUGUUUUGUUUUAUUAUGCCUAAUGGACGUGCAGUGUUGUUGCUGCGGCGUUUGUCGACAGGGGACAACAGAUUGAAGAGUAUCAACUUGAAUCAAAACACAACCAAGGAACCGCAUAUUGUGAACCCGGUGUGCUCUCAACGCGAUAUAAAUUUGUCGAAAAGAAUCUCUACAUUUGGUCAAAACAAUCAGCUUCCAGUUGUCUCCCCUCAACUCACAAGAAGCUUCAGUGACAACAUAAUAAAAAUGGCCACACCAACUGCUGAAUCCAAUCCUAUCGAAGUGCCAAAACAUACCAAUGCCCUUGUGUCUGAGAAGUCUCCGUAUUUGCUUCAGCAUGCCCACAACCCAGUGCAAUGGUAUCCCUGGUCUCAGGAAGCAUUUGACAAAGCCAAGAAAGAAAACAAACUCAUAUUCCUGUCUAUAGGAUACUCCACUUGUCAUUGGUGCCAUGUGAUGGAGAAAGAAUCUUUUGAAAACGAAGAAGUUGCCAAAAUUAUGAAUGAAAACUAUAUCAAUAUAAAAGUGGAUCGUGAGGAAAGGCCGGAUAUAGAUAGAGUUUACAUGCUGUUUAUAACAGCUACCACUGGCAGUGGUGGCUGGCCCAUGUCUGUAUUCCUCACUCCAGACUUGCUGCCAGUCACUGGAGGAACAUAUUUCCCUCCUGAAAACAAGUAUGGUCGUCCUGGCUUUAAAACUAUUCUUUUGUCACUUGCUAAAAAAUGGAAAGAAAAUACUGAGCAAUUUAAACAGGCAGGCGUUGCUAUCAUAGAUGCUCUUCAAAACUUAUCCAAGGGAGAUGCUGAAUUAUCGCCUUCUGUACCAGGGGAAGCGACAUGGAACAAAUGUGUGCAGAGAUACAUUGCAAACUUUGAACCCCAAUUUGGUGGAUUCGGCAUGGCUCCCAAAUUUCCGAAUUGUUCAAUUUUUAACUUCCUCUUUCACUUCUAUGCUCGAGAUAAGUCAAAUCGUGUAGGAAAGCAAUGCUUAGAGAUGUGCUUGCACACCCUAACAAAGAUUGCCAAGGGUGGUAUCCAUGAUCACAUCUCCAGUGGGUUUGCUCGCUACUCUGUUGACAAUGACUGGCAUGUGCCUCAUUUUGAAAAGAUGUUAUAUGAUCAGGCACAACUCGCAUGCGCUUAUACGGACGCUUAUCUUGCGACUAAAGAUGAAUUUUAUGCUGAAGUCGUUCGUGAUAUUAUUAAAUACGUGAACAGAGAUCUGAGACAUUUAGAAGGCGGUUUUUAUAGCGCUGAGGAUGCUGAUUCUUAUCCAGUGCAUGGAGCUCCUCAUAAGAAGGAAGGAGCAUUUUGUGUUUGGGAAUAUAUAGAAAUUGAGUCACUCCUCAUUGAGAAAAGUAUCAAUGAUAUACCCUACAUGGACAUUUUCUGUCACUACUUCAGUGUUGAAGAAGAUGGCAAUAUUUCAUCAGACAGUGAUCCUCAUGGAGAACUCACAGGGAAGAACAUGUUUAUUGUUUAUGGCAGUAAAGAAGAAACGGCUAAAAAGUUUGGAUUGUCUAUGGAACAGCUUAAUAAAGUGAUUAAGGAAUGUACUGAGAUCUUGUACGAGGCCCGUCAAGAGAGACCAAGGCCACACCUUGACAGCAAAAUGCUGUGCUCAUGGAAUGGCCUAAUGAUCUCUGGUUUAGCUCAGGCGGGGCAAGGUUUGGGAGAAAAGGAAUAUGUUGAAGAUGCUAUCAAAACAGCAAAUUUCAUUAAAAAGUACUUAUAUGAUGCAGAAAGUAAGAAAUUGCUUCAUUCUUGCUACAGGGCAGAUGAUGGAUCAAUUGCUCAGAUAGAAAAACCGAUCGAAGGAUUCUUAGAUGACUACGCGUUUCUGGUGAAAGGCCUCUUAGACCUGUAUGAAGCAUCACUGGACCUCUGCUGGCUGAACUGGGCGCGCGAGCUGCAGAAGAAACAGGACGAGUUGUUCUGGGAUGAGGCGAAUGGAGGAUACUUUAGCACUUCGGAGGGAGACGAUAGUGUUGUGCUGAGACUGAAGGAAGACCACGAUGGCGCCGAGCCCUGCGGCAACAGCGUUUCCUGCCACAACCUGCAGCGCCUCGCCGCCUACGCCGACAAGAGCGCCGCUUCGGAAGGCGGCGACAGAGAGCGCGACAUGGCCAGGCGAUUACUCGUGGCGUUCGCGCACAGACUGACCAACUCGCCUACUGCUCUGCCAGAGAUGAUGUCAGCUCUCAUGUUUUAUAAUGAUUCACCCACACAGGUGCUGAUAGCGGGCGGCUGCUCGGACCCGCGCACGCUGGAGCUGGUGCGCGUGGUGCGCGCGCGGCUGCUGCCGGGCCGCGUGCUGGCCGUGGCCGACCCCGCCGCCGACUCGCCCGCCGGUAUGUCCGACAUACUGCUGACCCGCAUCAGACCAGUGGGCGACACGCCCACGGCCUACGUGUGCCGCCGCUACGCCUGCUCGCUGCCCGUCACCGACGUCAAACAGCUCGAGACGCUGUUGGACGAGCAGCCCGCCACUAACUAAACUUUUCAGACAUUUCUUUCUGGCGUAGAGUAAUUAAAAUCGAAAUUUGCAUCCAUUGUAUCAACGGCUUACGAUUCCAUGCUAAAAACCCUUGCUAUUAUCGCUAAUUCAUCCAGGAAUCUUUCGCUACGCUUUGGAGUGAAUACACCCCACCAGACCCAGUGGUAAUGGCACUCAAUUGUUCGGGCGCGUUCAACUCGCGACUGCUCCGAGCAUUGAGGAAUCAAAAUUGAAACUACGAUUCAGGCGUAGAGUGUCGCACGACCCAAUCAAUACUUAAUUUUGCUCCCUUGUCAUGUAACUGUUAGAUCCAAAUAUGAAAAACAAUAAACAACUCUUGUGUAAUUUUAUAAUUUUAUUAUACUCGGGCAAACCCACUUUGUCAGUAAUAUAUAUAUAUAAUCGGAGAUCUUUUUUAUUUAUUUAACACAAUUUAACCGCGUAUCUGGACCUCGCGUAUUUGGAUGAUUGGCUGGGUCACGUUAGUCAAAUACCGUUAAAUAAAAUCCUUAUGUGAUUUUGAUGCAUCUGCAUCACAAGUUUUUCAGAGACACUAAGUAACUUGACAAUAAUACCUUAUAAUAUGGUAGGGUUUUCAAAAAACUUCAAUUAUUAAAACAUAGUAAUUGUAGUGCUAAUGGUGUUGACAUUGUUAUGAAGGUAGAAAUACUAGGAAGUAAUAUUUAAUUAAUUGGAAAAUAGUCUUUACGAUUUUAAAGCACAGUUCUAGAUAAAACAGCACUGAGUUCAUUACAAAAUUGAAAGAAGGAUUCAUGAAAUAUGAUAUAUAGUAAACUGAUAAUAAUUUAAUUAAAUAAAACUUAAAUUUAAUAUGAUUGUCGUAUUAUGUUCGUUAUGCUAUUUUCUUGAUUUUUUAUUGCAGUUUUUUUUUUCAUGUUGUCUCAAACAAAUAUAAUGGUGUUCUAAAACUUCUAAAAGCAGAAUAUUAAUUGCAUUCGAUUAUGGCAAAUUCGAAUAUAUAUAGCGUUCUAGCUCUCUUUGUGUCAAAAUCUCUUUUAAAUAGAUAUCUUAGUACUUAUUUGAUAAGUUAUUGAAGGCCGUAUUGCAUCUCAGUCAAUUAAGAGAUGUAUCUAUUUAAGGUACUGACAAGAUAUUUACAAAUUUUUAUAUUUUCAAAUAUGAUAUCAUUCGUCAAAUAAUGUACGUAGUUCCAUGGUCGCUAAUGUAUUAACUGUAUGCCUUAACUAGGUCUUUAGUCUUUUUCGAAAUCGAAGGGUAGGCUGACACAUGACAAAAAAAAUUAGAAACGAUUUCUUACGAAUCUCGAUUAAAUCUGCAAAGGUCAUAUAAUCGAUUCUAUUGGUGAUCAUUUAUAUUUUUAAGUAAAUAUACGUUUAUAAUUUGACGCGACUGAAACGUUUGGCACUCAAACUCAAAACUCGAUACAAGUCGAACUAUAUUGCAAUUGAGUUCGUUUUACAUAAUGAAACUCAACAGUAUUAAAAUUAUCUCUUCAUUUUUAUAACAUAAUAAUAUAUAUUUUUGCGAUUUGUGUUUAUUAUAGUUAGAUAUUCUAGGCUACGAAUAUGUGUAUUUUUUGUUCAAGUUAUAUCUGAAACGUCCAUGGGAUGGAAUGCAAAUCAAAUGUCACCCUAACAAACGGGAAGGGUUUGAAAAAGACUACAAGGUCACGUGUCAGCAAAUAGCCAACCGCAGUUGAAAUUACCAGUUUUAGGAUAGUUAAAGAGCCACAUAUUUUGCGUGGUCAGAGUUUUCUAAGAGUUAAUCUUUGGGUGUGUUAAAGCUGCAUUUGUUGAUCUAAAGAGUCGGUCUGCUGACCCCUGACUAGGUCAUACUUUAGCGACCUUGAAAUUAAUAUUUGUAGGGUUUUCGGGCAAAGACAAGUAACGCUGUCGACUGUAAAUAAGGACGAGUUAUUGUUGCGUCCCUAUCCGGUCCCCUCCGGCAGGAACACCUUUUUAAUAACCCGCAAAAUUGUUAUUUUUGUCUGGGAACAACUUACUUAUAAAGUUGUUAUAUUACAGAUUAUCUGAAAUGAUUUUUUCGCCUUUAACCCUAAGCUGGUAAACAACAGGCACCUUCUUUUGUGCACCGCGGUGCUUACUAUGUACUAAUUUAUCAUUAGUGAAAAGGAUCACUCUCGUUUAAAAGGAAAUAUUAGCGUUCUACUUAUAUGGUUUAAAUUCAGGUAACAGCAUUCGGAGAUAACACGUUUGGGUAAUGUAGACGAUAGGUAAGAAUAUUCGGAUAUAACAAAAAGUUGUUAUAUUAAUUUGAGCCAUAUGUGUAAGACGCUAAAAUUGCUAUUUAAACAGGCUUGAUCCGUCUCAAUAAUUCGGUAUUCGGUAGCCACCGCGAUAUACAAAAGAAACAAUGCCUUUUUGUUCAACCGCUCAGGAUUUGAGGGAAAAUAUCAUUUGAAAUAAUUCGUAUUAUAGUAGUGCAGUGGUUAUUUGGAAGUUAACACCACUAACAAUGAAUUAACAUUAUUACAACUUAUGAUUGAAAUAAAUCUAAUAUGAAAUAUUAGUCUUCGUCUAUUGUGAUAACAAAUUGUGCGCUUGAAAUAAAAUGUAAGCGAUAAAUUAAAGCCCUAGUUUGUAAUGGGGAUAACACUUAGUAUUUACGUAUAAUAUAUACAUAGUAUUACCAGCUACCAAUAUAGUAGUAGUAGCAUAGACAAGUGAAUAAUAGAUGUACAGAGACAAAGAUUUCGUAAACGAAAAAAACUACAAAUAUAAAUGUUUUAACCGUGACGUCACAAUAAAAACGAAUCACUUACGUUUCUUAAAUCGAAAAUUGCUCGACAUGUUUCUUCACCAUAACGAGGAGUUUUAAAAGGAUCCACUCGUUGGCGGACCGACGAAGACUGCGGGCUGUAGCUCUCUGCCACCUAUUUAUCGGCGCGGGCUACGGCGGCGGCGGCAGUAGAGGUGAAAAACUACCCUCGUUUUCGGCAUUAUUCAAGGCUCAUCUACACAAUGGCCCGAUUACAAUUACAGGCAUGCACGAUUGUGUAGAGACCGUAAUCGUCUAUGAGUGGCUAUCGUUGCCUGUACCUGAACAAUCCGUGAAUUGUCGGUACAUUAAGGGAAUGCGUGUCCAUGAUCGUGCUUGUGUCUACACAAUCGCCAAUAAUCAGGCGUUUUUAUCAUCCGUCAUGGGCAAUUGUGUUGACGAGUCAUAAAAUGAUGAGUUGCACCACUCACUAUUAAAAAAAAACUUCUCUCACUACCCACAACCCACAACCACAAUCGGUUAAAUUCAAUCUACGACUUAAAAAAACGUGAGUGAUCCGUUCUAAUAAUAUUUAGUUAUGAGAUGUAAUGUUUUGAAAAGAUGUGUCCCGCCGAGUUUCUUGCCGGUCCCAGAAAUCAGAAAUUUUUAUUUGCUCAAAACAUGGUCAGUACAAAGGUACCUAUUAUAAACAGAGGUAUUAAGUUUCACAUGCUUUGUCAGUAAAAACAUGCAAAUAUAUAAACUUAUUCUAAACUAUUACUAUCAAACCAUAAUCAAUUUAUUUGGAUACCCUCCUACAAUUUAGUAGGGAUUUAAAUCUCGGGUCAGAGGUGUAGGGUGUAGGGUUAGAGCCGGCGUAGCUUUAUUUGACGUUUAUAAGCGUAUUGUAAUAUGCCUACUUGGAAAAUAAAUUAACUUUAUCUUUAAUUUAAUUAUGUAUGUGUUUAUUUUUAACCAAAUCUUGCAAUCGGCUUGAUGAGUGUUAUACACGAAAUUCUACAGAAAAAAAACGCAUCUAACCGAUUUGCAAUACCGAAGUGAUUCCGUGAGUGUUCUGUGUACAAAGUUUUGUAGGUACGGAACACUAAAAAGAAUCUACAGUCGAUAUUAUUUAAUCUUUGACAAAAACUUAUUUGUACAUCUACUUUGGACCAACCUUGACUUUGUACAUCUACUUCUUCAUUUGUUUUUGGUAGUAGUGUAGUAAUGCGAAAAACAUUACAGGUUUGAAAGUGCACGUUAGAUAGUUUAGUUUUAAGACAAAAACAUAUUUUUAUAUCUCAAAAUUUAUUUUUGUGGAUUCGCGUCAUACAAUGACCAUAAAUGUAUAAUUUAUUUAUUGAAAUAAUUCGGUUGACCUAAAUUAUGUUCGUGUUAUUUUGUGAUAAAAUUAUUACAAUAAAAUUUUUGGAAAGUUUG